GCGCUCUCCGCGGAAGAUGGGGCUGUGUACUACCACAACCUUGUCUCAGGCACUACGCAGUGGGAGGUGCCGGCGCAGGAUGCGGCGGUAUGUGCAGGGUGGAGGCUCUUCCAAGCAGACGACGGAGGGUGGUUCUACCACAAUCCCUACGAUGGCCACGGCAUUUGGUGGCCGGAGCUUCCGACGUAUCCGGCAGCCCCUGACUCCCUCGACAGCCUGCGCAAGGACGUCUCAGAGGAUUGA